UUUCAUAAGAAAAAUAAAAGGAUUGGACUCGGUUUCCGGUUUGACGGAAAUGCCUGCAUGUGACUGUUUUAGGCUGUGUCCCGUUGUUCAUCAUGUUACUGGUUUUGACAGAAGGCCAUAAGGAGCAUCUGGCCUUCCUACCAAUGGUCCCCGUCUCAGUGGUUGGGGAUUUUGGGCGCAUUGCACUGCAGUUCCUCGGGAAAGGCUGCAGCCCCAAGGUCUAUGAAGGAGCAGCCAGAAAGCUGGGUGUUCCUGUAGAAAUGGUGCAGCAAGGAGUGGAAGGCUUAAUGUUCUUGAUGACCCAGAGCUCCAAACACAUGAUUUCCGAAGUGGAUUUCCUGGACUCUGUGAUGGUUUUGGGAUUUAGUGAGGAACUUAAUCAAAUCCUUCUACAGCUCUACCUACAGCACCACAAUCAGAUACGAGCCAUCUUGAGUCAUUUGCCUUUUAACCUGCCUACGUACCACAACCUGGAAUGGAGACUGGAUGUCCAGUUGGCGAGUCGCUCAGUCUGGCAGCAGGUGAUUCCUAUACUCACAGUACAUCUGCACCUGACUGGAGAGCAUGAGAGGUGCAUCGAGCGAAAUAGCCGGCUUCUGCAGACAGACCCCAGCACCCUGCUGCAUCUAAUUUCAGCACUGGAAGCUGCUCUGGCUAGCAUGAAGACAAGUCACACUCGGCGCAUAUUGCGCAACAUCAAAUAAGCAUUCACAACUCACGAUUCUACUACAGCAGUGUGAAAAAAAGCAUUAACAUGGUUUGUCACUUUCAUCUUGGGAGCAUUUUACAUUUCCAAUAAACGACAUUGUUGUAGUAACGUGUUUUUCACUUACUACUUGGUUCACUCAGUUGGUGAAUUGUGUUUAUUAGCAUAGGUUUUAUUAACCAAACAGUUUUUCUAACUGGCUUCUUCUUCUUCUCUAUUACAUACACAGGUAUAGUCAAACUCAGAAGCUACCAGUAAAUCUCCUUUUAUAAGGUUAGAAUUACUCACUUUUUAAAGUGAGGCUGUCAGAUGUUAACUUGAUUUAUUACUGUAUGGAUAAAUUUAAGACAUGGUAUACUUGCAAAAUUCAGACUGAGAAAACAUUUAUUAUGAAAUUAUAAAUUAUAGAAAUAUAAUUGCAAUGCUAAUUGCAAAUAUAACAAUAAAGCCACAAAUAGUGCCUGAUCGACUAUAUUGGCUACAUACAUAGCUAAUAGCUAAUAUAGGUUAAUUGUAACUUCACUUUAUUUCUCAAAUAUGUGUUAAAUCUAUAUAUUAGGGAACUGGAUGAGGAAGGUUUGCUGUCUGAAUGUGAAGAAGUCUUGAAGGAAAACUGCUUAUUCUAAACGAAAUUAUUGUUGAAGGGUUGAUUCAUUGUAUGUUGACUAAUUCUGUUAAAUAUAAUAUGCAAUAACAUUUAUUUAAUGUCAUUUUAAACAAGUUUGAUUCAAUGGACAGGUAUAAUAUAUAGUGAUGUUCCCUUGAUUCCGAUGCUAUGUUUCAGUUUCUUUAAUAGAAUGUUGUGUUGGACAAAAACUAGACCAUUGUCUGAAAGUAAGAGAAGAUCAUUAGUGACUCUAACCAGAGCUGUUUCUGUGCUAUGAUGUUUUCUAAAUCCUGACUGAAAAUCUUCAUAAAGGUUAUUCCUACUCAGGUGGACAGGUAA